AUGCGGAUGCACAGCGCCCUUCUGAAGCAGACACAGGCUUCGGCCUACAGUUUGGCCCUUCAAGCUUUGCUUGCUGCCGGCUCCAGCUGCCCAAGCAGUGGCUCAAACGGAACUGGCCCGUACAAUGCGAGCAUCAGCUACCUUGGCUGCUACCCGGACUACACCACCCGGGUGCUCCAAGGCGGCGUGAUCUACGUCGGCGUGGGAAACACACCCCAGUACUGCGCUGACUUGUGCGGCAGCCAUGGCUACCGUUAUGCGGCCGUCGAAUACUACACCCAAUGCUUCUGCGGCAACACCAUUGUAGGCAAUCCUCCCAAGGCGGACGAGAGCCAAUGCGACGCGCCAUGCCACUUGGAACCGUCUCUCGCGUGUGGAGGAACAUACUAUCACAUGAACCUGUACAACAUUUCCAACCCGGCGCCAACCAUCACGCCACUCAACAAGUUCACGCCCGUGUGCCAGACCAGCCCGCUGUGCUCGUCGCCGGCCUGCAACACGUCGCUGCCCAUCGCUGACCGCGUGCGCUGGCUGGUCGGCCAGCUGACGCUGCAAGAGAAGAUCACCAACCUGGUCGACGGCGCGUCCGGCUCCGCCCGGGUCGGCCUCCCCCCAUACGAGUGGUGGAGCGAGGCGCUGCACGGCGUGGCGGCCAGCCCGGGCGUCACGUUCGCGGGGCCGAACGGCACGGCUUUCAGCUACGCGACCAGCUUCCCCAUGCCCAUCACGAUCUCCGCCGCGUUCGACGACGAUCUGGUAUCCCAGAUCGCCGCCGUGGUAGGGCGCGAGGGCCGCGCGUUUGCCAACCACGGCCUCUCGGGCUUCGACUUCUGGACGCCCAACAUCAACCCGUUCCGCGACCCGCGCUGGGGCCGCGGGCCGGAGACGCCCGGCGAGGACGCCUUCCGCAUCCAGCAGUACAUCCGCCACCUGAUACCCGGCCUGCAGGGCAGCGAUCCGCUGGACAAGCAGAUCAUAGCCACCUGCAAGCACUACGCGGUCUACGACGUCGAGACGGGCCGGUACGAGUACGACUACGACCCGCAGCCGCACGACCUGGCCGAGUACUACCUGGCGCCGUUCAAGACGUGCGUGCGUGAUGUCGGCAUCGGCAGCGUCAUGUGCUCGUACAACGCCGUCGACGGGAUCCCCGCGUGUGCCAGCGAGUAUCUGCUCCAGAGUGUCCUGCGGGACCACUGGGGCUUCACGGAGCCGUACCAGUACGUCGUCUCGGACUGCGACGCGGUCCGGUUCAUCUACUCGCCGCACAACUUCACCGACAGCCCGGCGGCGGCGGCGGCGGUGGCGCUCAACGCGGGUACGGACUUGGAGUGCGGCUCGACCUACCUGAACCUGAACCAGUCGCUGGCCUCCAACAUGACGACCGAGGCCGCGUUGGACAGGGCCCUGACGCGGCUGUACACCGCGCUGCACACGAUCGGCUUCUUCGACGGCAGCGCGCGGUACGGCGGGCUGGGCUGGGACGCCGUCGGCACGGGCGACGCGCAGGUCCUCGCGUACCAGGCUGCCGUGGACGGCGCAGUGCUGCUGAAAAACGAAAAGAGCCUUCUUCCGCUCGACAGCAAGCGGCUGCGCAAGCUGGCCGUCAUCGGGCCCUGGGCGAACGCCACGACGCAGAUGCAGGGCAACUACUUCGGCCAGGCCGCCUACCUUGUCAGCCCGCUCGCCGCGUUCCAGAGCGCCUGGGGCGCCGACAAUGUGCUCUUCGCCAACGGCACCGGCAUCGCGGGCAACUCGACGGCCGGGUUCGCCGCCGCGCUGGCCGCAGCCAAGGCCGCCGACGCCGUCGUCUUCCUCGGCGGCGUCGACAACUCGGUCGAGUCGGAGAGCCUCGACCGCACCGCCAUCUCGUGGCCGGGCAACCAGCUCGACCUGAUCGCGCAGCUCGCAGCCGUCGGCAAGCCGCUCGUCGUCGUGCAGUGCGGCGGCGGCCAGCUCGACGACAGCGCGCUGCUGGCCAACCCGCGCGUGGGUGCGCUGCUCUGGGCCGGCUACCCGGGCCAGGCGGGCGGCGCCGCCAUCGCCGACCUGCUGACGGGCAAGCAGGCGCCGGCGGGCCGGCUGCCCGUCACGCAGUACGCGGCCAGCUACACGAGCGAGGUCAGCCUGUUUGACCCAUCGCUGCGUCCCCGCCGCAGCGGCGGCAGCAAGAGCCACAGCACCUUCCCGGGCCGCACCUACAAGUGGUACACCGGCAAGCCUGUCCUGCCCUUCGGCUACGGGCUGCACUACACCACGUUCCGCACCGCGUGGGCCGACGAGCCGCGCGGCCGCGCCUACGACAUCGCCGGGCUCUUCCCCGCCAACACCACCACCACCUCCUCCGCCUUCUCCGCCGCGGACACAUACCCCGUCCUCAACGUCUCAGUAACCGUAACCAACACGGGCCGGGGCGCAUCCGACUACGUAGGCCUGCUCUUCCUGCGCACGCGCAACGCCGGCCCGGCGCCCUACCCGAACAAGUGGCUGGUAGGCUACGCGCGGGCGCGCGGGCUGGCGCCGGGGAGUUCGGCGCGGCUGGAGCUGGCGGUGGCGCUGGGCUCGCUGGCGCGCGCGGACGAGGACGGCCGCCGCGUGGUCUACCCGGGCGACUACGAGCUGCUGUUCGAUGUGGACGGGGCGCUGCCGCCGGCGCGGUUCGCGCUGCGCGGGCCGAGUAGGACCGUGGAUGCGCUGCCCCUGCCGGCGAAGAGUUAUGCGUUUAGUGUGCCGGUGCAUACCGAGCCGCCGACGUACGGCGGGGGGAGGUGA